GAGAGAGAGAGAGAGCAUCUUGCAAACCCCCACACUGCUUGUGUGUCGUGAACAUUUUUGAGCCUCUAAAACGAGAGGAAGAAGAAGAAGAAGAAGGGGAAAAAAGGCGGACUCUGAACUGACAAAAUGAUGCUGAGGGAGAACCGAGAGGCGGCAUCGAGCGUUUGAAAUGUCUGCUGCAGCUGAUUUUUGGGCCACUAUGCCGGCGUUUUUUUCACAUCCGUGCACCGUGAGAUUCUGUCGAAUAACGGGAGACCUGCACAGCUGCUGCCGGUAUGUGAACUAUUCCACACGCUGAAGCUGCUGGGCGAUGAUGCAUCGGUGGGGUUUGACUGUGUGAAUUCGCAUCACAUCAAGUCUGGACUGUAAAUGUAAAUUCGAGCCAGUUCUUUUUUUUUCCCUUCCCUCCUGACCCACCUUGCGACAGAUAAUUAGAAUAAUAACAACAACAAAAAAAUCUGCCUUAUUUCGACGCGAGGUGCGAGGAUGCCUGUAGCUGUGGUUGUGUCAUUGCUGCGGCACACUCCGGAGCUCCUCAGCUCAAGACAGACCCAACUAACCUCAGCUGAAGAGAACAGCAAGCUGGCAAAAGUGCUUUAUCAAUCAACGCAUAAGCCAUAGGAGCCUGUGCAUGUAUGUGGGAGGAGGCUGAGCGACUGGCACUCUUGAGGGGAGGCAUCUCUUGCACUGAGGUUUUGGGGGCUUCCCAAGAACUGCCACAUCCCCACAUUCGUCUGAGGACUGCUGUGAGCUUACAAGCCUCCUGAUGGUUUCUGGAGGGCAGCCCUGAUGCAUCGUGUGAGUGUGAAAACUCCAAGAGCCUUCUGCCAGCUUUGCAUCACCAGACAGGAGACAGAGCAGACGGCAACUCUGUGUGUGUCAUGUUAGAGGCUGGACUCUCGCCUGCUCCCUCCAACUCUCAGCCAAAAUCUCUGACCUGCCCUGUCUGAGUCCUUUGCAUCUCCGCGUUGCCACGACGGCACAACGGGGAGGACAGUGUCAAGCAGUUUGUAGACAUUACUGUUUGUGUGACUUCCUAUUAGCAGCACUCUGACUCUCCCUAAGAGGCUCCAAAGACCUCGGUCAGGAUGCAGGUGUCCUUCGCAUGCACUGAGCACAACCUCAAGAGUCGCAGUGAGGACCGGCUGUGUGGCCUUCGCACCGCUCCACCUCCCGGAGGAAGCAGUGGAGGAGUCGGGGGAGGCGGUGGAGGAGGAGGAGGCGGUGGUGGUGGUGGCAGUGGAGGAGGAGGAGGAGGCGGAGGAGGAGGUAGUGGACAAGGGAGCAAUGGCAACUACAUCACCCAAGGCUCAGUGAAGACCAGGGAGGGGCCCGGGUCCCGUCAGACUCCACAGGGCCAUGCCCACAUGAAGGAGGCCAUCGGGCGCCACACCAGUAUGAAGUACAGGAACCUGGGAAAGUCAGGCCUGCGUGUUUCCUGCCUCGGGUUAGGCACCUGGGUGACAUUUGGAUCACAGAUCUCUGAUGAGAUGGCUGAGAACCUGAUGACCAUAGCUUAUGAGAACGGAGUGAACCUGUUUGACACGGCGGAGGUGUAUGCCUCUGGAAGGGCGGAAAUCACUCUGGGGAACAUUAUCAAGAAGAAAGGAUGGAGGCGUUCAAGUUUCGUCAUCACAACAAAAAUCUACUGGGGAGGCCAAGCCGAGACAGAGAGAGGACUCUCCAGAAAGCACAUUAUUGAAGGUUUAAGAGGAUCCUUAUCAAGACUCCAGUUAGAUUAUGUGGACAUAGUUUUUGCCAACAGAAAUGAUGUCAACAGUCCAAUGGAAGAGAUUGUACGGGCCAUGACAUUUGUAAUAAACCAGGGUAUGGCCAUGUACUGGGGAACCUCCCGCUGGAGCGCCAUGGAAAUCAUGGAGGCGUACUCAGUGGCGCGUCAGUUCAACCUGAUACCACCUGUAUGUGAGCAGGCAGAGUAUCACUAUUUCCAGAGGGAUAAAGUCGAGGUGCAGCUUCCUGAACUCUACCACAAGAUCGGUGUGGGAGCAAUGACUUGGUCUCCACUUGCUUGUGGAUUAAUCACAGGGAAGUACAGUGAUGGGGUACCUGAGUGCUCCAGAGCUGCAAUGAAGGGAUACCAGUGGCUGAAGGAGCGAGUGAACAGCGAGGAGGGCCGCAGGCAGCUCGCUAAAAUCAAGGAGCUCCAUCUACUGGCAGACAGACUGGGCUGCACUGCUGCACAGUUAGCAAUCGCCUGGUGUCUGCGCAGUGAGGGAGUCAGCUCAGUACUUCUGGGUGUUUCUAAUACAGAUCAGCUACUCGAGAACCUGGGUGCCCUCCGGAUUUUAUCCCAAAUGACCCCUCAAACCAUCACCGAGAUUGAUGCCCUGCUGGGAAAUAAGCCACACUCGAAGAAGGAGUCACGCGCCUGAAGAUGCAAAUCUAAGCGACAGAUAAUGUUUCAAGAAGACGAAGAAGACUAUGACAUUGGGAAACAUUGCUUUUUGCUCUGCUGUAUACUCAACAACUUGCAUGUCCUCUGCAACAUUAUGCUUCCAGUAUGUGCGCAGAUCCAUUUUGCGCAAUACAUUGUAUCAUGUAUGAAAAAAAAUGAGAAAAUCUCUCAGUUGUGGAAGAAAAAAAACAGAUCAUAUAUUGCUCACUGUCGAUUGUUCACAAACUAAUUAUUUCUACACAGGGGGAGGCUGAAGCUGGUUAGACUGACAGGUCUCUGCCAAGCACAGAAACCAAGAAAGGGUGAAAGAUAUUCAGCAGUUGUCAAAGCAGAUUUGACUCUUCUUAAUCAAAUGUUCUAGGGAAAAAAAGACAACACCUCUGUGCUAAAAUGCAACUUUACUGCGUGAACGGUGCUUUCAUCUGACAUGUGAGUCUCCUCCCCUCGCAGCUGCCUGUAAUUCUGUAUGAUGUUUAGUACCCAGCAGCCAGAGAGCCAAAGGUUAGUACUCAUGAGUCUAGCCUAACAUUUCCCAUAGUGUGCAUGUGACUGGUCUGCCACGCUCACUGCUUUACAGGGUUGGGAACAAUGGAUUAAUUGUGGAAUCAUUACAGAGAUCUGACUGAUCUUUUCUGGUAAACAUGAGAUCACAUGUUGCUAAAAAAAAAAUGGUUUAAAAGCACCAAGAUUAUGUGACUACACUGAAAUAAUCAUAGAUUCUGGCACAAAUUACUUGAGAAAAAUGUUGAGAUUGGCAAUCAUAUAUCAAUAGUGAGGUGAAGUUUUGAAGGUAACUUUCCCAACCCUGCUGCUUUCUCAGCAGUCUUUUUGCCUCCUCUGUUUGUAAACUGUGCGCAUGUCCCUUUAAGAGAGAAUAGCCCCAACAGGGUGUAAAUGUGGCAUGGCUUUUAUGGCUUAUGUAGAUUUGCAGUGCCCUUGUAAGCCAUUUUUUUACUCUAAAUGGUCAGGCAGUUUGAUCCAGGAUCUGUUCUGCUGGGCACUCUUGCUUUAAAAGACUCUCAGCAGUCUGUGUGUCCAUCUGACGUAUAAUCUUUGUAUUGUCCUACACUGUAUCAAAAGAUGUUGGCAUCGCUCUCGAUGAUGUCCUGUGAAGAGCGUCAUUGUUGUCGAAUCAGAGAGUUUGAGACAGUCGGGACUAAAUGGAAAGAGAAGGUCGCUGGUGGUCUGACACAAAGAUUUGGACACACUGUGGUGAAAUGAAUGAUGAGUUUAUUAAAUGUGAUACAACUCUUGCCACAGGUCACUUGGGGUAAGAUUUAGCAAAUGUAAUUUUUCUUUUUUUUUGUGGAAGCCUAAAAAUAUAGCUUCUCUGCUCAUUUCUCUGGGAGUUCUCUCUCUGUAUUAUUCAUUCCCUUGAUUCUCACACACAUGCACGAUGGAUUUUAUACUGUGCACUUCAUGUCUUUUUCCUUUAGUUCUGUCUUGAUUUCAAUACUUUGUAAUGUGAGGACAGGAGGGGGUUGUUCCUUUUGUGAUUUCCCAUGAAAACAGCACUGAUCUCCAGGUUGGAGUUUUUGAUACAUGGAGUUGUUUUAGCUGGCACGAGGUUACACAGUACUGUAUAUAGGCUUAUCUGUUUGACAGUGACAUGACACGAGAACGGUUAAAUUUAUGAAAGUUUUCCUGAAGGAGCCGCUGAAAUGUCGCUCUCCUGUGUGACUCUGUGACAAUGUACAGUACGACUGAGUGUAGCUUCCGGUGUACAUACAGUAGAUACUUCAAUCAAACCUUGAAAAUGUAACUUUGCCUGCAUAACUUAUUUUACUGUCUUGCAACAAAGAGAAACCAAAAAAAAAGAAACAAGAGACAACUCAUAUUGAAUGUAUCAUGACUGUUGCUUGAACCUACUUAAGGGAAAAAGCACAUAGCAUAUUUCAAAAGUUCCUUCUUUUUGUGUUUGAACCUGUUACACAAAAAAACCCACAGUGCAGUCAUGCAAAUAUUUACAUUGGGAUUCAGCAGAAAAGGUGGUCAACAGAAGUUUCAUACUCACUCACACUUCGUUCUGAUUCAAAAUGUGCUCACCUGUUUCUGAGUCAGAUACGACUUUGUACUUCAUAACCUGAACAUACAAGAUGGAAUAGCUUCAUCACAGCUGUUGUGUUGAACCUGACCUUCCACGUUAGGCAACCCUCCAUGUCAAUAUUUGGAAUAAACUGUUUAUUUGUGUAUAUGUA